AUGGCCAAUACUACUACCAUGAAGCAGUGUAUCGUCUGUUCUGAUAAAAACGAUCUAGAUGGCAUGGUCUUUGUCGACGCCCCGGUUCGCCAAGUGGUGGAAAAUGAUGUGCUCAUCAAGCUGCGCAGUGCUGCCCUCAAUUAUAGAGACAUCACCAUUCCGAUGGGCAAAUUUGUCUUCGCAUAUAAGCUUCCGGUCGACCUGCAUCAGAUGGGGCCAACGAAGUGGUUGAGGUGGGCUCAGGAGUUAGCACAAAUGGAAGAAGGCCCUGCCAUUGCAGCAACUGGCUUAGGAGGUACGAUUGAUGGUGCCCUGCGCCAGUAUGGCGUGUUCAAUGAGGAUGGCGUAGUACGAGCUCCCAGCAAUAUCAGCUUUGCAGAGGCGCGCACGUUUACAGGGGCACCUCUGACGAGCUGGAAUGCACUCUACGGUUUUCGACCACUCAAGGUCGGAGAAACCGUGCUGGUUCAGGGAACGGGAGGAGUAAGCAUCUCGGCGUUGCAGCUUGCGAAAGCGGGUGGUGCGAAGGUCAUUGCUAUCACGUCAUCUUCGGAGAAAGCUGAGAAGCUCAAGGCACUAGGAGCCGACCAUGUAAUCAACCACAAAGAUAACCCCGAAUGGGGUCCAACUACACGCAAGUCGACUCACGAUGAGUCUGGCGUUGAUCAUAUCCUUGAAAUCGGUGGCUUUGGGACUCUUGCGCAGAGUUUGAAGGCGAUCAAGUACCAAGGUGUCAUGAGCUUGAUUGGCUUCCUAGGUGCCAACUCAGGUGAAGCUCCCCCAUCUGCCUUGGAAACCUUGUCGAGCAUGUACAUUAUGCGUGCCAUCUAA